GCUAAGGAAGUGAUUUUAUUGACACAACCUGGGCAUGGAGCAAGUGGGGCUGAUAUGCUGUGCUUUCGACAGAGAAAACUAACAGUGUCAGCGUGAGAUAUGACUUUAGAAAGGGGCUAUGUGUGACUCCUCUUAAAGGCUACAUUAUGGAUUUCCUCACUUUAUUUGCCAUUUACGUAGUUGUGGUACUGACAUGUAUAGUCCUUGUCUGUAAAUAUUCAGGACAGCAGCAGUCUCCUCUCACCGUCCUCUUGGACAGUCUUGCAAAGAUAUUUGGACCAAUUACACCUAAAUGGCUCCAAAGGUUUUCUCAGAGGGCUAUGCACAAGCUCUUUCACCAAAGAAGCAACAUGUUCAUCUACAUUCAUAUCCUGCUGGAGGUAGCGGUGUAUGCAGAGUUUACAUAUGAGGUAUUUGGAUACUGUCAGGAGAUGGACACUACACUGGCCAGUCUGUCUGUGCCUUACAUCCUUUUAGCUUUAAAGACAUUUUUCUUCUACCUCUGCAUUAAAAGAGAUCCAGGUACAGUGACAAAAAAGAAAGUUGCUGGUCAGCUUCAUAUCUACCGAUAUGACAGUCAUCUGUUUCACCCUGGAGUCUCCUGUCCAACUUGUCAACUUGUCAAACCUGCUCGCUCUAAACACUGCAGGGUCUGUAAUAGGUGUGUUCAACGCUUUGACCACCACUGUGUCUGGGUGAACAACUGCAUUGGGUCUCAAAACACCCGCUACUUCCUGCUAUAUCUCUUCAGCCUGAGUGCUAUGGCUGGUGACGUUGCCCUCCUAACGGCAGACAUGCUGUUACAUGCAGUGCUGAGGUCAGGACUCCUGCACGCCAGUUAUUUAGACGAGAAAGGCCAGCAGCAGCCAGCAGGGCUUCUGUUUGUUGUGCAGCAUCUUUUCCUGACAUUUCCUCGAAUUGUUUUCAUGCUGGGUUUCCUGAUCUUCAUCUUUUUCCUGCUGGCAGGCUAUGCGUUGUUUCAUACUUACCUUGCUCUUAUAAACCAGACUUCUAAUGAAUGGUACAAAAGUCGAGGAUAUGUUUGUCAGCACUGUCACCCAGCAACUGCUGACCGCAUGUGCAGUGUGUCAUCAGACCACUCCAAAAGACACUUCUACAGCAGAGGGCUUCUACAAAACAUUGGAGAGAUUUUCUUCCCCCCACAGCCUGUACACAAAAAAGACAACUAAGACACAUGUGAGGCAACAUUUAUAGAGUUUACUUUCAACAAAAGCCAAGACCGCUGCACUUUUUGAAAUAAAGUCAAUCUUUAAUGAAUGUUGUAAUCUGAAAUGGACUCUAUGGUUUCUGAACACUUGUUUUUUAAUAGUAUAGUUGCAGCAAAAUUACAGGUGCUAAAAUGUUCAAUAUUUUUCCUGACAUGUAUAUUUUUGUUUGUAUUU